GUCUCGGUUCCUCCUCUCUUUCUUUCUUUCUCUUUCUCUCUCUCUCUCUCUCUCUCUCUCUGUGUGUCACUUGACAUAUCUUAUGCCGCCGGCUCGGCUCGGGUUCGUGCAAGGAAGCACGACGAAUGUGACUGGUCAAUCUGUGGUGCGCGCCAGCCCUUGCGAAAAGGCACGGGGCUUCCCCCCGGUCCGCUCACUCGCGUCUUUUUUUCAAAGUCAGACAUCAAUAAUUUGGGAUUCGAUUUGCAAUUGCGAUUGCGAUUCUAAUUGGGAAACCCCGGCCCGUCGUGUCAAAAGUCGCGGUCCAGGGCCGGCCAUUCUUUGCAGGUCAAUCAAGCCAUCAGCCUUGAGCGCAGCCAUGACUUCGGCCCGUCUGACGGGACUUACCCGUGACUUUGGCCGGCCCGGCGGCAGGCACCCAUCGAGAAGCUUGCGAAAUCUACGGUUCUGCUUGAUCGCUACGCAGCCUGACAGCAUAUAUGUCAUAGCACUUCAAAGAGCCCAUCAAUUUGCUGAAGGGUCUCGGAGCGAGCGAGCGCAGCGCAGCACAGCGCACCAACCACCUCGUGCGUGCAUGCGUGCGUGCGUGCGUGCGUGCGUGCGUGCGUGCAUGCUGGACCAGCCUGCUUGUGCAGCAGACGGCGCCCGCCGAGCAGCAGCAGCAGCAAGCAGCACGGUGGUGUGACCCUAGCAGCGGCGCACGACGCUCUGCUGUAGAUUGGGACAAGUGGAGCAAGCCAUUUUCGGCUACACAAUGAAAUCGUGAUUCGAGAUUGAAAAGAGCA